ACCUCCCGUUUUCUUGAAGAGUGAAGCGGGUGCACGUCUGUGCUCAGGAUUGCCUUGUCAUUGUAUCCAGAGAGAGAAACGCGUGGUCAGCGGCACCACCGACAGCUUCACUGCAGCGUAACUGGUACAUGGUGGUGUGUAAAGUCGGACUUUAAGCCAGACAUGGAUACUGAAAAGAGCGGCGAGGUUUUAGAUGCGUCAGAGACUCCACAGCAAGAGGAGGCUGUAAUGGAAAAAGAGGUUGUGUCAAAACUGGAGGCGCCAGAGGAAUCCACAGAGCCUGAGAAGCCACCAGCUGCCGAUGAAGAGACUGAGCAGCUGGCAGUGAAUGGUCAUGAUAGUGAAGUAACAAACUUGAAAGAAACAGAAGAGUUGAUUGUGACUGAAAGUGUUACAGUGUCUGAUGAAAAAACAGAAAUGGAGAUUGAGGACAGCUUGCCCAAAGAAAAAUCUGAGUCGGUGCCUGUUGCGGUGGCACCACCAGAACCAGAUGAGUCAUCUGAAAAGAUCUCUGACCCAGUUGCAGCUUUAGACCCAGAACCAGAAAACAUUCAGCCUGAACAGCAGCCUGUGCCAGAGAAAAACCCAGAACCUUUGCCUAUGCAAACGCCUCUGGCAGAGAGCACCCCUGUACCAGAGCCAGAUGAAUUGCCGGAAUCGGUUCCAGAGGCGGAGCUGCCAGAGCAAACAUUACCUGAACCAGCCACGCUGCAGCAGCCAGUAGAUACACAGCCACCCAAACAAGAAGAGAAGGCACCAGAGCAAGUGGACACUGAGGCAGAACUGAAGACUACAAUGGAAACUGGGGCAGAAGAAGUUGUUAAAGCGGGGAUGGCAGAAAACGAUGUCGUAGGUGAGCCUACAAAGGAAGGGGAAGAAAAACAAGGAGCAGCAGGAGAUGCUGUGUUGGUGGCAGAAGCUUCCUCAGACAAGCCGACAGAGGCUGGGAACAUGAAACCUGCAGGAGACGAGAAGAAAGAACCCGAAAAGUCAGAUGAGUCUGAUACUCAGAAGGGAGCCGAGCCGGCGGCGGCGGCAGAAGGUGCUAAAUCUGAGCAGAAAGAUGCUGAACCCGAAAAGGAAGAGGAUACAGUCCCUGCGACUGGCUCCCUGUCUUUUCCCCUCCUGGAGCGAGAGCAGACCAAAGAUGCCCUGCUGAGCUCUCGUACCCUUGUUGUCAUCAGAGGCCUUCCAGGAAGUGGCAAAAGCUUCUUGGCGUGCGCCAUAGCCGAUACCUACAAAGACCACUGCACUGUCAUCUGUGCUGACGACCACGGUGUUAAACCAGAGAAUCCAGAAUCCUCUGUGGAUGGAUACAAGGCUGUGGAUGAAGCUGUGGUGGCCUGCUGCAGUGCAGGACCGGCUUCCUCUGUGCUGAUAGUGGUCGAUGACACCAACCACACCCAGGAUCGGCUGGCCCGCCUGGGGGAGAUCGCCAGGGAGCACCACCUUGUCGUCGUCUUCUUGGAGCCGCGUACGGAAUGGAGCAGGGAUGUAGCACAGCUGAAAAAGAAGACCAAGCGUGGACUGGACGAGGCCCAGAUGGAAGCCAUGAGUGGUCAACUCGAGGAAAUGUCCCUUCCUCUUUACUUUGGCUGGUUUCUUCUCUCCUCAAUCCAGGAUAAGAUUAGGUGCACGUCAAUGGACUUUCUGAAAACGCUGGACACCCUGGAGGCCUUCAAGAAACACUCUGUUGACUUCAUUGGGAAAGCUGAGAAGGAGGUGGAUCUGGAGCAGUACUUUAAAGCCAAAGGAACCCUCCAUUGCACCACAAAAUUCUGUGACUAUGGAAAGGCAGAGGGUGCCAAAGAGUAUGCACAGAAUCCAGCUGUUACAGAUUACUAUGGUUCUGCGUUCGAGCUGUCGCUGAGCUCUCUGUUUGUCACUCCUCGCACUUUCGGUGCCAGAGUGUCCCUCACCGAGGAGCAGCUUUUGCUGUGGCCAGCCGACGCCGAAAAGGAGGCAGAGUCUGCUGUCCCCGCAGCUGCCUCCCUGCCUCUGGGAAGCCGCGCCCACGUUACUCUGGGCUGCGCAGAGGGUGUCCAGCCAGUUCAAACAGGUCUGGAUCUGCUCGGUAUCCUGGCCCUGCAGCAGGAAGGCCAGCAGGGGGAGCUGGUCGAGGAGAUGGAGCUCGGCUCGCUGACCUAUUACGGAGAGGGAAGGUGGCUGCUCAGCCUCAGGGAGCCCAUCUGCGCCCCAGCUUGCUUCUCCAGCUUCUACAGGCGCAAGGAGUCCGACACGACCAAAAAAGAACCUGAGAAGAAAAAGAAGUCAAAGUGCACCAUAUUGUAAAUGGCAAAACAUGGGGGGGAUGCGUGGCUUGGGAUGACUGGUGAAUUAAGAUGUAGGCUUACUCUGUGUAAGAUUUGUGUGUCUGUGCAGUGUUUAGGGUUUCAGUUAUAGCCACCCUAAAUCCACGAGCUGUGUGCCUUUUUACUGUUGAUUUGCACCACAACCCAAAAAUGCCUUCAAUCCAGUUAGGCUUGUUGUUGUUAACCUUGUUCGGUAUCCUCUUACACAUAUCAGUGCCAGAGCUGCAGUACCUGGUUAUUUGCUGAGGCGUUGUUAGCUGCAGUUUUAGAGUAAGGUAGUAUAGCCUCCUCCCACAGCUCCACAGUUAUCCAAAAACUUAGAUUUCAUCUUCUAUACAUUUCAGUGUUUCUCCGUACUCAGAUGUGAAUGAUAAACGAUGUACUUUCAUAGCAUGCAUCCCUGGUUAAUGGUAUCAACAUAUUAACACAUUUCUGACCUGCUUUAAGUAGCUCUGCCUCUUUGACAGAAUUAUGUCUGGUGGUUUACUUUGGCUUAGUUGUAAGUAAUAAUAAUAAAUAAAACAAAACAAACAAAAAAAAAAACUAGCUGUCAUUUCCCUGCAAGUGUGUGUGCACAGCUUAGGAAGUAAAUGUUUAAAAUAGCAUAUGGGCCAAAGUUAUCUAUUUGAUUAAGUGUAUUAGAAUGAAUGUCAUUUAUAGAGAUCCCUCCUUGUAAAAUCUUUGCACUGUGCAUAGUUUGAAAGGGAGAAUGCUGGUGAAUUUGGUGUUCGUUUCAACAGCUUGCACUUAGUACUUAUUCAAAUGCUGUGAAUCCAAGUCCAUGUUUUGGAAUCUUUUCUACUGCGCAAGACUGCACCAUCGAUCCCUUUUUAUUCUCUUCGAACAGCACUUCAUGUAUUGCAUUUUUUUGAUUUGUAUCCUCUGUGACUGUAGUUUUUGAAGGGCAAGUCCUACUUUGUGUAGCUCUUAUGAAUCACUAUUUUUGCACUUGUUUUGUACACUUAAUAAAAAAGAACAUGCUUUGCUCCAGGAAUGAAA